UGGCAGCAAGAAGAGCAAAAAAAAUCGAAUUGGGAACUGACGUGGAAGUUCAUUUCGCUUGAAAUUAUUUUUGUUUUUUAACCAACGUUCGUGCGCCGCGGCCGUCAAGAGUUGAGGCUAACAUCCAGUGGCCAAAACCUAUAAGCGUGUGGUCAGGAAUCCGGCGUAGCAGUCCCCGAAAUUGCUGAAUUUGCCGAAGUGGCGAACUUUGAGCCACCGUGUUUUUUCUCUCUCUCGUUUCGCUUUUCCCCGUGAAAGUUGUUUGUUGGAGGUUUUCCCCCCGCAAAAUCGGUGACUGAUACGGUUUCCAGUAAUGAAUCCCAAUAUGUAUGGGCCACCGCCUACGCAAUUCCAGCAGCCGCCGUCACAACAGCCGCCGGCGCAGCAGCCGCAGUUUGGAGCACCUCCUCCAAUUUCUGGUGCAGGCUGGCCACCUCAACAGCAGCAGCCCCAAGCGCUGCCGCCGCAGCAGCAGCAACAACAACAACAAGCACAGUAUGGAGCACCACCACCGACAUCGGCAGCUCCACAGACGUACCUUAAUGGGAACUACCAGCAGCAGCUGGCCACGUCAAUGGGUGGUUUAAGUGUAAGUGGUGGCGGUGCCAAUCCCCUGAAGCCACCUCUCCCCCAAGGAGCAGCCGUUGCACCACCACCGGCAACCGGUUUCAAUCAGUUCAACGCUAAUGCGGCUCCACCUCCGACCGCAAACAACAACAAUGCCGCAUUCGGUGCUCCACCGCCUACGUCAACGGGUGGCUAUGCCAACGGAGUGCCAACGCCAAGCAACACACCACAGAGCGUGGCCAGUGGGAUCAAUCAGAUGAGCUUGAAUAGUGCCAGCUUGGCGGGAUUACCGCACAUGCCCCCAAAGGCAGCGACGCCCGGUGGCCAGCCUCCGAUUCCGGCUGCUCAGCCUCCAUUGCCGGGACAGCCACCUUUGCCUGGACAACCUCCGCUUCCAGGUCAGAUUCCCACAUCGCAGGCAGCUCCAGCACCGGCUGCUGCUCCUUUUGGCGUGCCCAGCUCGCGACCAGGGCAGCCACUGCUGCCACCUGGCGCUAUUCCUCCGACCUACACGCAACCUGGAUUGCCACAGCAGCAGCAGGGAUUGCCGCCACUGCAGCAACCAGGCUUACCGCCCCAACAACCGGGAUUUCCACCGCAACAGCCGGGAUUUCCGCCUCAGUCCCAGCCGGGUUUGCCACCGCAGCCAGCGGCACCCUAUGGAGCACCCCCUGGCGGAUAUCCAGGCAGCGGCGGCUACCCAGGGCAAGCGCCGGGCGGUUUUCCAGGAGGGCCACCGCCACUGGCUGGACAGCAGGCAGCUGCUCCACCGCAGUUCGGCGCCGCACAGCCGGGAUAUCCAGGUCAGCAGCCGGGCUAUCCACCGCAGCCGGGUCAGCCACCUAUGCCAGGCUAUCCGCCACAGCCAGGACAGCAGGCAGGAGCACCCGGUUAUCCACCGCAACCAGGCGGCUUUCCCGGACAGCCAGGACGUCCUGGCUUUAACCAGCCCCCGAUGCCGGGAGCAGGAAACAUGUACCAGCAGGCGCCGCAGCCACGGCGUCUGGAUCCCGACCAAAUGCCAAAUCCCAUCCAGGUGAUGAUUGAGAAUCAGCGCCAGGCGGGAGGACCCUUUGUCACCAAUCAGCCAGGAUUGCUGCCACCUCUGGUGACCACCAAGUUUGUAGUCCAUGACCAGGGCAACUCCUCGCCGCGUUUCCUGCGCUCCUCCCUGUACUGCAUCCCCAACACCGGGGAUCUGCUCAAGACUACAGCUCUGCCCUUGACGUUGAACAUUUCGCCAUUGGCCAGGACCGCUGAGGGUGAGCUGGAGCCGCCCAUUGUUAACUUUGGCGACAUGGGACCCAUCCGGUGCAACAGAUGCAAGGCUUACAUGUCGCCCAACAUGCAGUUCGUGGAUGCAGGCCGUCGGUUCCAGUGCCUCAUGUGCAAGGUGACAUCCGAGGUUCAUCCGGAUUACUAUCAGCAUCUGGAUCACACUGGCCAGCGUGUGGACAAGCAUGAACGGCCUGAACUGCUGCUGGGCACCUACGAAUUCUUGGCCACCAAGGAUUACUGUCGUAACAACACUCCACCAGAGAUUCCAGCCUUCAUUUUCAUCAUCGACGUCUCGUACAAUACGGUCAAGUCGGGACUGGUCCACCUGCUGUGCGCCCAGAUCAAGGAUAUACUCAAGCAUUUGCCUGUGGACCAGGGACAGGACAAAUCCAAGGUGCGAGUCGGCUUCAUCACCUACAACAGCACCGUGCAUUUCUAUAACAUCAAGAGCAGCCUGGCCCAGCCGCAAAUGAUGGUGGUUGGCGAUGUCCAGGAGAUGUUUAUGCCACUGCUCGAUGGUUUCCUCUGUCAUCCAGAGGAAUCGGCAGCCGUAAUUGAUGCUUUGAUGGAGGAAAUCCCACGCAUGUUUGCGGACACCAAGGAAACGGAGACGAUUCUGUAUCCCGCCAUUCAAGCCGGUUUGGAGGCUCUGAAGGCCUCAAACGCAGCCGGCAAGCUGCUGGUGUUCAACUCUACGCUGCCCAUUGCAGAGGCUCCGGGCAAGCUGAAGAAUCGCGACGACCGGAAACUUCUAGGCACCGAUAAGGAGAAAACAGUGCUUACGCCUCAAACGACGGCUUACAAUCAACUGGGCCAGGAGUGCGUGCAGCAGGGCUGCUCCGUGGAUCUGUUUGUGUUCAACAAUGCCUACAUUGACUUGGCCACCAUUGGACAGGUGUCUCGGAUGACCGGCGGAGAGGUGUACAAAUACACCUACUUCCAGGCGGAUGUCGAUGGCCAGCGCCUGAUCGAAGACAUCAAGAAGAACGUGUCCAGACCGAUCGCUUUCGAUGCAGUGAUGCGAGUGCGCACAUCGGCCGGCAUCCGGCCCACAGAGUUCUUUGGCCAUUUCUUCAUGUCCAACACCACUGAUGUAGAGCUGGCCAGUAUUGACGCCACCAAAUCGAUAAGCAUUGAGAUCAAGCACGAUGACAAACUGCCGCCAGAGGAGAAUGUGUAUCUGCAGGUCGCUCUGCUCUAUACAUCGUGCAGCGGACAGCGUCGCCUGCGAGUCCUAAACCUGGCCCUGCGUGUAACCACAACGAUUGCGGAUGUGUUUAAGAGCUGCGACUUGGACGCCAUGAUGCUGUUCUUCGCCAAGCAGGCCUGCUUUAAGCUGAUGGAGCACUCACCAAAGCAGGUGAAGGAUAACCUAAUCCAUCGGUCUGCUCAGAUCCUGGCCUGCUAUCGAAAGCACUGCACCUCGCCCACCUCCGCCGGCCAACUGAUUCUGCCCGAGUGCCUCAAGCUGCUGCCGCUGUACGCCUCGUGUUUGCUCAAAAACGAUGCUGUGUCCGGCGGCUCUGACAUGACGCUGGACGAUCGAUCUUAUGUGAUUCAGUUUGUCCUGUCCAUGGAUCUGAAUCAGUCGGUUAGCUAUCUGUAUCCCCGUUUCAUUCCCAUCCACAAUGCCGUGCCCGAGGAUACGGAUCUGCCGGCACCCGUUCGAUGCACGCACGAAAAGACCCAGGAGGAUGGGGCCUACAUUCUGGAGAACGGUGUUCAUCUGUUUGUCUGGCUGGGCCAGUCGCUGUCCCCCAAUUUUGUGCAGUCCGUCUUUGGAGUCCAGGGGCUGCAGCAGCUUGCCCUGGAGAGGUUCCAUAUUGUGGCAGAGACGCCGCUAGCCAAGCGCAUCAACAACAUCCUGGAGCAGAUCAUGCGGGAGCGAACGCGUUGCAUGAGGGUGACUUGGCUGCGACAGAACGACAAACUGGAGAGCGUGUUCCGGCACUUCCUCGUCGAGGAUCGCGGCACAGAUGGCUCGGCCAGCUACGUUGAUUUCCUGUGUCACAUGCACAAGGAGAUCAAGGACCUGCUGAGUUAGCACGCCGGCUACUCCGGCACAUAUUACAGGCCCGAGCAGCGCUGGGUGUCCGAAAGCAGCUACUCCCAGAACCGGGCACGGAUGCGUCGCCUGGCCUCCAUGCGCAGUCGCCUGGGCAAAUGAGUGGAGUGGUCAGAUGGAUAACGAUCGAUGGAGAGCAUGAACUGGAGCUGGCGGAACAUCAAUUAUAUUUACAUAAAAAAUACAUAUACAUAUAUAUAUUAAUAUUAAUUAACGGCUAUCAUUUCAAGCGUAUCAAUUCUUCCAUUAAUUCUAUUCAAAUUUCCAUAUAUUUUUUGUAUUGUUUUACUUUUAACAUAUAUAUAUAUAUAUAUUUGUAUGUAUUUCCGCGAAAUUACUUAGAAAAAUUGUUCUCUUUUUUAAAUUCCAUGAUUAAAUAAUUAAUGUUUAAUUGUAA